AUGGAACCAAACCAAGUAGAUGGUAUUGAAGAUGGUUCAUCUGCACAGCAGGGUGUGUUCAUACCAGGAAGAACUGCUGAGAGUGGAUCUUCAUCAAUUAUGUCUCAGAUAAGUAGACAGACAAAUCAACAGUCAGACCAGCCACAAGACAGUUAUGUCUAUUCAUGGAGUUCAACAUCUGAAAGUAUGAUAGAUAGGCAAGAAGAAAACAGAGAUAGUCUGAUAUUAGAAGAGGAAACAGAUGAUGAAGAUACUACAGGAGAUAUCUAUGUUUUUCCAUCUCUAAAGAUGAUACCUCCAAAACCUGUCCCAACACAAAGCUGUCAGGAUAUAGCUGACAAAUCUUCAACAGCUUCACCACCUGUCCAUCCAAAACCUGUCCCAACACAAAGCUGUCAGGAUACAGCUGACAAACCUUCAACAGCUCCACCACCUGUCCAACCAAAACCUACAUCUAAACAAAGUUCUCCGGAUACAGCUGAGGAACACCCAAAAGGCACAGCUCCACCACCUGUCCAUCCAAAACCUGUCCCAACACAAAGCUGUCAGGAUACAGCUGACAAACCUUCAACAGCUCCACCACCUGUCCAACCAAAACCUACAUCUAGACCUGUUUCUCAGGAUACAGCCAAGGAGCCUUCAACAGUCACAGCUCCACCACCUGUCCAUCCAAAACCUACACCAAAACCUGGUUCUCAGGAUACAGCCAAGGAGCCUUCAACAGUCACAGCUCCACCACCUGUCCAUCCAAAACCUACAUCUAGACCUGGUUCUCAGGAUACAGCCAAGGAGCCUUCAACAGUCACAUCUCCACCACCUGUCCAUCCAAAACCUACACCUAGACCUGGUUCUCAGGAUACAGCCAAGGAGCCUUCAACAGUCACAGCUCCACCACCUGUCCAUCCAAAACCUACACCUAGACCUGGUUCUCAGAAUACAGCCAAGGAGCCUUCAACAGUCACAGCUCCACCAUCUGAGGAAGAAAUUUCACAGCUUGAUGGCUUUUCCAAUAUACAAUCACAGGGAGGAAAUGUAGGCAUUGGUAAAGAGACAAAUAUCAAGCCUGAUAAAAAGGAUACACAUGAUGUCAUGACUGAAGAGUCUAAAAAGUUGGCAGUAAAAUUUCUCUCAAAUAGACCUCAAAAGUUUCUGAUAGAUGGAAGGUCAAUGCUGGAUCAUUUAAAAUCUGACAACAGAACCUCCAGCAGAUCUGUAGAGACAGUUACACCAAGGAGGUCCACUGUAGAUUCACAGACAUUAAGCAAAGACAUUUCUUCAGGAGUUAUAACUGAGGACAGAAAAUCUGUCAAGGAUUUAGCAAAUCUAUUUCAAAAGCCUGAACCUCCGACCGGAAGGGUGAGUAGGUCGUUAAGGCCACAAAGGAGUAGUACAUUGUUUGAAACAAGAAAAGGCAUAUCAGAAACAUCAAGUCCUACAGAAGAUAUUUCUAAAUCUGAUAAGAAUACACCUGAGACACCAGACUCUGAGAUUGACACAUCUACCAAGACUUUAGACAUGGACAAAGACACCUUGAGGAUGCCAGGCUCUGAGAACGAUACAUCUACUAAAACCUUAGAUGUGGAUAUAGACUCCUUGAGGACAUCAAGUAGGCUUCCGAUUGAAUUACAUGAAGAUAUGGAUGAGGAUAGAGACAAUGAGGAAGACUAUGAAACAGCAGAAGAAGACGAAAUGGAAGACCAAGAGGGAGAACAAACAGGAACUGUUGUAGUAUCAGCAAAAGUAGAGGAUACUAAGGUCUCUCCUUUGCCACCUCAACUGGCUGUCAUUCAGCUAGAAUCUUCAUCGGGGAUGCGAAUCAAUGACAGCAUGCAAUCUAAUGUUUCUGCUGGUCUGGGGUCAGACAUGAUAGGGUGUUUAACAAGAACUUGCAAGCCGAUUGAUUCAGAAAGUAAAGAUCAGUCCCAUUCUACUUUAUGUUCACAGCCAGCCAUGUCUCAAGAUCAACCUACUGAUGUCACUGAACUGCAGCACCAGCAAGGCAAUAGACAUGGCAGUACUCCAAGUAUUGGUGACCAUUCUAAACAGAUAGAAUUGUCACAGCAGGAACAGUCAGCGUCUUCACCUCACACAACUGAUCAGAAGCAAGAUGUUUCAUUCCCAAAUGCUGAAUGUAACACACAGAAAAUUAGGGAACAGUUCCAAAGACAAAUUCCAGCUGAUAUAAGUCACAAGGAACCAUUCCAAGGUCACAAAGAGUCUCCUCAAGUUCAACACUUUCACCAAGGUCAAUCAUCUCAAGAGCAACCUAUGUAUAAAGAAACUCUGGAAUAUCAAAAUUUGCCUGCAGAAUAUCCUCAAAGCCAUUAUAUUCCAUAUGAAAACCCCCAAGGAGUUCAACCUUUGAAUGUAGGGCCAUAUCAAAGUCAAAGAAAAGAAGGAGAAUACCAUCAUCAAGCUGUAUAUAAAGAACAGUUUGAUGAUCAACGGGAACAUCAACAUCAUCCAACUCGACCACAGUACUUUUAUGGUCAGGAGUAUCCACAGCAACAACAUUAUCCAUGGCAACAAGUAGAUGAAAAGAAAUGGCAUGGUGGUGGAGCUGGAUAUCAUGGAAACAUUCACCCACAGCAUCAGUGGAUGUAUGACCACCAGUACUAUUACUACUAUAAACCUGGAACUGGUCAGGCUCAGAAAGUGGACAAAGAACCUUUUCAUCAAGGCCCUGGGGCUGCUAGACAGCAUCCUCAUGUGUCCCAACCACAGCAUAAAGAAAGUCCAAAGAAACCUGGUGCUAACGUUCCAAUGAAGGCAAAGAAAAAGAAUGAUCCUCCCAGUCAUGACGAUGUACCACAAAACACAGAUAAAAUGAAGAAAAAAGAAGAACAAAGGAAGAUAGAGAAGUCAUAUGUGUGUGUGAAGGGAUUGGCUGAAAGGACUGGGCUAGAUGCACUAUGUCUGUACCUAGAGAUAAUGUCUGGCUGUGAGGUAGACAAAUCUUCCAUCAUCUAUACGAGUGACAAGUCUUUGGCAGUGGCCUCUCUCCUACAGAAUCCUAAAGAUUUUGAAAAAUUCCAAAGAAAAUGUCGUCAGAGAAAACUUGAAGGGGCUGAAGUGAAAGUCUGCAUGGUACCACCUCCAGUCACAGUAGUUGUCAGCUCAGAGCAGAGUUUGCCUUCAGACAAAGCACUGAAAGAACAUUUCCAAAAGGAAAAAUUUGGCAGGGUUAAGGUUAAGAGAAUAGAGUUGACUGACGAUGGCUGCUGUAGAGUUGAGUUCAAGGACAAUGCUGCAUUUGAGAAUGUCUGUAACAGUCCCUACUCACACAGGAUAGGUAGUACAAACUUGUGUGUCACCACCCUCUAUGAAUGUGAAUUUGGGGUGAUUUGGGAAGUGGACAAACACAAAGUAUGCAUUCCUGAGGCCACAGUACUAAAACACACUAAUCACCAUAAGAUGAUGAUGGUAAUAAAAUACCAGACCAUGAAAGAUUUAUUGGAAUCAAGACUGAAACCAAAACAUGCAAAGCUCAAAGUCACUGAUGAAAUUUAUGUGGAGUGUACAAUGGAUCAAAACACAACAGGUGUACGCCAUCUUGUUCAAGUUUGGGAAGAUGAUGUUAAAGAAAUCUGGAACGAAUUCAUUAAUGUUACUGUAAAGCAAAUUGAAAUGCUGGUGACAGCUGAAGUGUGGAGUGUGCUUUUUAAUCAUGUGAAAGAACACCAGGAACACACGUCUGUCCACCUGGACUUUACACAGCAUCAGGAUAAUGUGAGGCUAGUAGUGGUUGGAGUGGAUAGCAUGUUCCAUAUUGUCACGAAAAAUCUACAAGAACACAGAGAACGCAUUGAGAAUGCUAUAGAAAGAAAGAAACAGAUCACCACAGUUACAAAGACCUUCAAACCUUUAGAGAUUCAACUUUUAAGACGAUUAGACACCUUGACACAAGUGAACAGCUUGGUUGAGGAUUUAAAUGUAACUGCCAAUACAGAGAUGAAUAGUAUAACAUUCAAUGGCAUAAUGGAUGAUAUUCACACAGCUCAAAUCAUCAUAGGAGAAGAAGUUCAACAGUUUCGCUUCUGGACAAUCCAGGAGGAUAAUGUAUUGAACCAAGACCAGGUGAAACUUCUACAGAAAGACCAAGUGCUUGACAUACUGAAAACUAAGUUUGCACAACAACAACUGGUUGUUGAAUUUGAUUGUGAAACAGAUAGAUUAGAAGUUGGUACAGUGUCCACCAGUGCUAGGCAACAUGUGACUCAGAUUAUAACAGACAGUGUUCUGUACAGCGAUGUUCCUCUGGUGGAUAGGGAAAAGAUUGAAGUACUAAGUAUAACGGCCUGGAAACGCCAAUGUCAUCAAAUAGAGGAAAACAACAGUGACCUUGUUGUUAUAUCCAAUGUGAUGGAUCAUGGAUUCACUGUCACCUCCAUAGAAACUAUUCACCAAGAUAUACUACGACAACUUCUGACCUUUAUUGAUGAACACGCCAAGUACAAAGAUACAUAUGACUUGAAUGACAAGAACAAAAUGAAGUUCUUUAAAAAACACUUCUCACGGGAAGUCAAGCCAAUCCUAACAGACCUCUCACCCACAUGUGAUUCCAUGGUGAUUGAGGACAUGAAGCUGGCUCUAACUGGCACAAGUGAGGGCAUCAGACAAGCCAAGAAAAGGCUCAGAGCACUGGAAAACAGGAUCAAAUCAAAACAACAUGAUAUCCAGAAGCUGGGUAUUGGCACUGUCAUUUGUAAUAAUGAUGAAAUGUUUUCUGGCAUAGAGACUGAUACCACCACUGUUGUAACACAACAUGAAGCCAUCACUCAUCUGUACUCAAGGUCACAGGUGUCAAGUGAUGAUGAUGAUGAGGAGGACUUGUAUGGGACUGAGGAAGGUGUCACAUGGGGUCGUACAGGUAGGCUGUAUAGAACUUGGUUGACCGAUGAUUUUAAUGAUAUUUAAGGAAAGUUUGGUGCAACUCCAGAAGGAGCAUUUACACUACCACAACCCACUCCCGUCGCCAUGCCAACUCAAAAAGAAUGUCUUGUAACAUGCAAAAAUGGUUUGAAAAUCAAACUACGAAAAGGAGAAAUUGGAACUGAAAAGGCUGAUGUCCUGGUUGUCUCUGUCAGUAAUGAUCUGACACUAGAUAAGAGUGCAGCUGGAAAAAGCCUGGAGAAGUAUGGAGGGACAGGAUUACAAGCUGAAAUCAGGGCAAAUUUUUCUGGCACAAUCAAUUGCGGGGACAUCAUCACAAUAGGCCCUGGCACUCUCCGGUGUAAAAAGGUCUUUCUGAGCAGUCUGCCCGAGUGGUUGAAAGACAAGAAGAACGAUCCAAUGGUCAUCACCAAGGUCAUCAUGGAAUGUUUGAACAAGGCAGGCAAAGCGGGAUACAAUUCCAUCAAAUUUAUAGCCAUGGGAACAGGUGCCUCAAAGUAUCCUCCACAGACUGUUGCCGAGGCCAUGUAUGAUGCUGUCCGUCAGUUUGAUGCAAAGGGAACUACGUCAGUCUUAGUGGUGACAUUUGUACUGUACUCUAAAGACCGCUGCACAAUCAGUGCUUUUGAGGAUGAAGAAUACAAACAGAUGUACCCUGGGGCUUGGGCACAAACAGGGCCGAGUGGUCCAUUUGACACCAAACAUGGGAUCAAAAUCACACUGGUGAAGGAUCUGAUAGACAAUCAGUCUGUGGAUGUUAUAGCUUGUGCAACAGCAAAGAACCUUGAUAUGUCAGGAGCUGUGGCCACAGCGAUUUCCAAGGCAGCAGGACCUGCCAUCCUAAAGGCAGAGUGUAAUUCUAAGUAUCCAUCUGGAAUUCAGUAUGGAGAACUUGCAGUUCUUACCAACGGAAACCUAAAGACAUGUAAAUCCAUCUACCUGACCUCUCUACCAGACUGGAAAACCCAGGAUAGCAGUAAGGAUAGUUCACCCUGUUUUUCUGAAAUUUUAAAGCUUGCCAACACAGCCAUCACAGCCUGUCUUCAGAAUGCCCACAAUACAGGAAUGAAAUCCAUAGCUUUCCCGGCUUUUGGAACAGGACAGAUUGGGUACCCACAUGACAAAAUCGCUAACCUCAUGUAUAACUGUGUGAUUGAUUUUGCCAAGAAGAACACCAAUUCAUCUGUAACUGAUGUUCGCUUCGUCCUUCACAAAAAGGACCGGGAACUUAUCAUGUCAUUUGAGAAGGAAGUGCAGAUGAGACUUUCUAAACCAUAUAGCAGUGGUCCUUCAAAAUCUUUCUACACAAAAGCUAGCAAGGUGCAGGUAUCCAUAGAAACAGGAAGUAUCGCUGACUUUAAGAAAGCUGAUGUUAUAGCAGUCACAGUUUCUGAAGACCUUGACAUUACAAAAGGUGGUGCUAUGGCUGCCUUAGCUAGCAAAGCAGGAGUAGCCAUAAAAACAGAAUGUAAUACAAAAUAUCCCAAAGGAAUCAAGAUUGGUGACCUGGCCGAGAUUUCUCCUGGAAACCUGAGCUGUAAAGCUUUAUAUCUGGGAACUCUGCCUACUUAUAGUAGUGGAGCAGCAGCAGCAGAAAAGGCCCUGGAUAAAUAUAUACGGAAAGUCCUUGACACGGCUGCCUCAAAAGGUUACAGCUCUGUAGUAUUUCCAGCUGUAGGAACAGGCUUCAACAAGUACCCACACAACCGUGCUGCUACCCAGUGCUAUGAGGCUGUUCAACAUUUUGACAAAAAGUCUAAUUCUAUUAAGAUUGUGUACUUUGCUGUCCUGCAGAAAGAUGUCUCCUCAUUACAAGCUUUUCAGAGGGAAGAAAGGAAGAGAAGGCAUUUCUCUUCAGGAGUCUCACAUUUUCCGGCUAUCGUCUCUGAUCCAAUGACAAAGUUUGGAGAUUCUAGAAUUGGUGCCACAGGGAUUGCCAAACAAGGAACUCGUAGGAGGGUUUUUUCUAAAAGGGAUGAAGAUGACCCAUAUAUUCCAAAAAGGCAUACCACUAAAUCUAAAGGAAAGAACGUCCUUAGAAAUGAACCAGAUCAGCUUGGCCCAAAUGGUGGUGGUCCAGUAACACUUGCUAAAAGCUCAGGUUUGGGCCUCAUGUCCACGAGAGGAGGCAAUGCUAAUGAGUUUGUUUAUGGGAAGGUCACUCUAAAGAUCAAUGUGGAGAAUAUUGUCAGUCUGAAGACAGCUGUUGAUGUUAUUGUUAACAGUACAAAUAAAGAUUUGGACUUCACUAAAGGUGCAAUAUCUCAAAACUUGAUGAAAGUGUGUGAUUCCAAACAGCUGAGUGAUGAGUGUGAUAAAUUAAAGACAGACAUGAAAAAGGAGGGCUUGGUAUGUACCAGCGGGUGUGGGCUGUCCUGUAAGGCUAUCCUCCAUCUAGAUGCACAGACAUCUCUCAAAAACUGGCAGAAGAUGAUACUGGCAUGUCUACAGGAAGUGGACAGGCGUGGUCACACCUCAGUUGCCUUCCCUGCUGUGGGUACAGCUGGAGGAACUGUCCAAUUCAAGCCAGAAGAGAUUGCUGAAGUGUUUCACAACUCACUGCUCCACUUCUCAGGAUCUAAUGUCACAUUUGUUCGACUUGUUAUCUUCGAGCCAGAGAUGCUGUGGAGUAUGACAAAAGUGUUCCGAAACAAUACUGAGAAACAGAGUACCUCAGGGGGAAGGCCUCCUGCUGACUUGUCUCAUGUGUCGCUAUGGAUACUUGGCACCAGUGAUAACAACAUUGAUGAUGCUAUAGAAAGGAUCAAAAUAUUAAUUGACAGGAAAUAUUCAGUCAAACCUUUCAGGGACACAUUGGUCUCAGAUCUGAAUGACAAUGAGGUGAAAGGGGUAGAGAAACUAAGUAAGAAAGAUGUAGUGAGGGUGAAAGUAAACAAACAGUCAUGUGUGGUGGAGGUGGAGGGACCACUCGAGGAAGUAGACUUGGUUACACAGGAACUUUACAGACUAUUCAGACAUUUUCAGAAGGAAAGACAUUUUGAGAGUGAAGCAGCUGUUAUUGCUGAAAUGGUGCAAUGGUAUUAUAAGGAACUAGACCAAGGAGUGCCAGUUUUAUCUGCAUAUCCUCCACGAGUAAACAUGGGUUUAGAAAACUCUUGGAAGGGAAAAUUCCCAAAGUUUUGUUUUAGGGCAAAUAAUCAAAAGUACGAGGUCAGUUUGUUAGACAUGAAGGAAUAUUCAGUGGAUGACCCCACCGAUACAGCUGAUGUGAUACGCAGAGAAAAAGUAGAGGGUGCUAUGUUCGAGCUUCCAACUGACUGGGUUGAAAUGGGUGGCAAGGAGAUUGUCAAAUUGAUUCCAUUAGCUGCUUCCUCGCAGGAAUACAAAGACCGUGAGACGAUGUUCACUACAUCUGUGCUGAAGGGACAAUAUAAAAACCAGUUUAAUGCAGCAAAGCUGAAAGUUCACAAGAUUGAAAGGAUCCAGAAUCCAUCACUGUUUCAACAAUACUCUAUGAAGAAGGCACAACUGGAGCAAAAAAAUCCACAAGGGACAUCCAACGAACAGAUGCUCUGGCAUGGUACAGGCCAGAAAGCCAUCACCAGUAUCAAUUACUAUGGCUUCAACCGCAGUUAUUGUGGCAGUGACGCCAGUAAAGGUGAUUGUUGGUAUGGAGCUGGGGUAUACUUUGCCAAUGAUGCAUCCUAUUCGGCACGAGAUUGGGUGUCUCCACCAGUCAAUCAGAAGAAGAGCAUAUACUUGUGUAGAGUUCUAACGGGGGUCUAUUGUGAAGCAAAGAAAGAUAUGAAAUAUCUACCAUCACUACCACAAAAUCCAUCCGAAAAUUAUGAUUGUGCAGUGAAACCCUUAAAAAACCCAUUAGAAUUUGUGAUAUUCAAUGAUACACAAGCAUACCCAGAGCAUCUUCUCACAUUUUCUAUAACUUAGAUAGGUUGGAUUACCUUCAGUAUACAGCCAAGAACAAUUAAUGAACAAACAUUGGAGCCAAAGAAAAAGCUUAAUUUGAGUGAAGCUUGAAUAUCGUUUUUGUGGAUGAAAUAGUAACUGUACUCUAAACCACAUCACAUGCUAUCUACUUGAGUGAAUUUCUUGACUGAAGCAUGACACAUAACACAUGACACUGAACACAUGACAUAGAACACAUGACACACCUGACAUAUAACACAUGACACAUAACACAUGACAUAGAACACAUGGCACAUAACACGUGACAUCGAACACAUGACACAUGACUUUUCAUUUUCCAUGUAAUCUAUCCUGAAUCUACCUGUACAGUAUAUACAGCUAUAACACAUUUUGUAAAUCUGGAGUGUUUAAUUUAGAGGGGUAUGUGAUAAAAAUAAGUCUGUGAUCAAGAUCCCCAGCAUGUUUGUAUUCAAUAACCGCAUCAACUGUAUGCAAAUCUACACAAACUUUUAAAUAAUUGUG